AUGAACCAUUUCAGUAAAGAUGAACAAGAUGAUUGGCUAACGGUCUACCUGAAAUAUCUCCUCUUUGUGUUUAACUUCUUCUUCUGGGUGGGAGGAGCAGCUGUCCUAGCUGUGGGCACCUGGACCCUGGUGGAGAAAAGUGGCUACCUGAGCGUCCUGGCCUCCAGUACCUUUGUCACCUCUGCCUACAUCCUCAUCUUUGCAGGAGCCCUGGUGAUGAUGACUGGUUUCCUGGGAUUCUGUGCUGUUCUUAGGGAGCAAAAGAGCUGCCUCUCCACAUAUUUCUGCCUGUUGCUUGUCAUCUUCCUCAUUGAGCUGGUGGCUGGAGUUCUUGCCCAUCUUUACUACCAAAAGCUAAGUGAGGAACUAAAACAGCAUCUGAACCAGACUCUGACUGAGAACUAUGGCCAGCCCAGAGCAAAGGAGAUCACAUACUCAGUGGACCAACUACAGCAGGAUUUCAGGUGCUGUGGCAGCAACAGCUCAGCAGACUGGGAGUACAGCACCUACAUCCAGUCUCCAGAAGCUGAGGGCCGGAAGGUGCCUGACAGCUGUUGUAAGACAGUUGUGGUCCUCUGUGGUCAGCGGGCCCACCCUUCUAACAUCUAUAAAGUAGAGGGUGGCUGUAUCACCAAAUUAGAACAUUUCCUGGCCAAUCACCUCCUACUCAUGGGAGCUGUUGGGAUUGGAGUUGCCUGCCUGCAGAUAUGUGGGAUGGUUCUUACUUGCUGUUUAUAUGGACGGAUCCAGCUGCAGUCAUACUGAAGAUUGAACACGUCAUCUUCCUUCUGCAUAGAGAGGCUCCCAAACCCUAGCCUACCAAGCUUCCAGUAUCACUUUUCAGCUUCUUCUCUGCUGGAGCCGUAGAUUCUUCUUCUGCUUGGUGCCAGCAUGACGAUGGCCCCCAUCCCUUUGAAGUGCCUGAAACCAUGCCGUCAUGCAUCCUGCAUCCUCCCUUCUUCCUGUGG